GAACUCAAUCGGGUUGAAACUCUCACUUCUUCCUCUCUCGACAACGCCCUUGACAGACUGCAGUGAGACCCUUAUCCCUGGCUCAGGCAGGUGUAUAUUUGCUUUUGCUUCCAUACAGCUUCUCUUACUUGCGUAUGGGUCUUGCUUAAGUCCGGAGUGUUCCCCCUCCUCUGGUUGGACUCAUGGAGAAGCACCGCCGGGAUGAGUCCCCUUCCGGUCUAUCAGAUAUCAUUGAACAAGACGGCCUUUUGGGAACCGGUUUAACGUCCCGGCAUAUCGAAGCCUUUGGACGUAAGGUUACCUCCACAGCCGGACAUCUGAUGGGACCAUCGGGGGACUCGACUAACAAUGCUCAUUAUCACAAUGCCAUGGUGGGCAUCCACCGUGAAUUACGACGCCCGAAUACGCAACGCAAAGUCUUCUCGUUAACCCAAACCACCCCUACCGAUCUGGUUCGCUCGAAGCUUUCCACUUCCGAAAUCCAAUCCCGCGCCGUUUGCGCCCUCCCCGAUGAGCUGCUUGCGAACAUCCCGGACGACUCCAGCUCGUACUCGCUAUUCGAAGGUUUCCAGGUUUCCCAGGAGGACCGGGAAUACCGGAAGUCUCACCGGCGGCGCACAUCGAAAAGCAAACAACUGGAAGAUGGAAAGUCUGCGGGUGGACUUCCGUCAUCUCCGGAUGGGCUGAAGAAGGAGCGGGAGAUCCACAACCGUCGGUUGGAGAUGAUGGGUGUUCGCAAGAACAUGUGCAGCUCGGAGAUCCACGAUAUCGACAAUAAAAUCGCAAACCUCCACAACAUGCGCAAGAUUGUUUUGGAUCGAUUGGCAGGCCUGGAGAUGGAUGAGGCAGAGCUGGAGAAUGAACUGACCGAGAUCGACAAUAAGCUGGAAGACAUUCAAGAAGAGCCCCCGGAGACCCCUAAAACCGCGGAUACCCCGAGAACAUUUGAGACAAGCGAUAACUCGUCUGCUUCGGGAGACCCAGCUAUGGAUGCUUCGUUCAUGUCGGAAUCGAUCUACCAGAAGUUGCCUUCGGCAUCUCCAAAGCCCAUAAAGCAUAAAUCUACCAGAAAACGCUCCAUGCCCGUCUUACAUGAGCAUUUUGAGCCUGGCUCGAUGAUCAAAGAAAUCGAAGCGCACACUGAUAUGGUAACCGCCAUGGAUUUCGACUAUCCUUUCGGGACCAUGGUCAGCGCUGCCUUGGAUGAUACCGUGCGGGUUUGGGAUCUCAACGCAGGCCGGAGCAUCGGAUUCUUGGAGGGCCACCAUGCGUCGGUCCGGUGCCUCCAGGUCGAGGACAACAUUGUAGCCACAGGGUCGAUGGAUGCUUCGAUUAAGCUGUGGGACUUGAGUCGCGUGCGCACGGUUUCCCGAUCCAGUCAUAUUGGUAGACACGAGGAAGACGAAGAUGAUGUGUUCUCGUCGCCUCCGUCCACGACCAUGGAAGAUUGCUUUGUACACUCGCUGGACGCUCAUGUUGCUGAAGUCACGGCUUUGCAUUUCCGAAAGAAUACCCUGAUUUCUGGCUCUUCCGAUAAGACUUUGCGACAAUGGGAUCUGGAAAAAGGUCGCUGCGUGCAAACGCUGGAUGUUCUCUGGGCUGCGGCCCAAGCAACUUCAUUGGGCACCGAGAGUCAGUGGCGGCCGACUGGACGCACGCCAGACGCCUCUGCGGACUUUGUCGGCGCGGUUCAGUGCUUUGAUGCUGCUCUGGCCUGUGGUACUGCUGACGGUAUGAUCCGUCUCUGGGAUCUUCGGAGUGGGCAGGUUCACCGCAGUCUUGUGGGUCAUACGGGACCUGUUACUUGCCUGCAGUUCGAUGACGUCCACCUGGUUACUGGUAGCUCCGACCGCAGCAUUCGGAUAUGGGAUCUUCGCACCGGGUCUAUCUUUGACGCCUAUGCCUAUGACAAACCGAUUACCAGCAUGAUGUUUGAUGCUCGACGGAUUGUUGCCGCAGCAGGGGAGAAUGUGGUCAAGGUUUACGACAAGGCCGAUGGACGCCACUGGGACUGCGGCCCGGGCGUUGGCAUUGAUGAUGAGCAGGGACCAUCUCCGCCCAACGUCGAGCGUGUCCGACUCAAGGAUGGAUACCUUGUUGAAGGCCGAAAGGACGGUUUUAUCGGGGCUUGGACUUGCUGAGCGACGAAAGCCCGAGAGAAGUACGAUUUCUUGUUACGACGUUCCGCCCAUUACAUUGUAGCUAUGCCAAUUUCAGUUUCUUUCUUUUUCAUUCGUUGAUCCGCGCAGCUUGGAGCUACUGUGUAUACUAUUGUUGGAAGCCAAUAUAGAAGCAAAGCGACUGACCCAGCCAG